CUUGACUCACGCCAUCAGACAUGUCAACAGUGCUCUGCCCCGAGUUGGCUCCGCCCACUGGGAUGAUGGAUGCUCCCUGCUGUUUUUAACCUCCCCCACCACUCAGACACUCACGAAAUGGACACCUUCGCCCCUCCUACCGAACCGCGUCGAAGCCGGUCAAGAGGUAAAUCACCUGCCAGAGCGAUGCGGCUGCAAUCAACGCGAGACUACGCCAUCGGCAUCGGUCUUCUACUCUGCGUCGUGUUUCUAUGGACCUUCUCGAACUUCCUGACACAGUACAUGUAUCAAGGCGGAUACGAAAAGCCGUUCCUUGUAACAUACUUGAAUACCAGCUCCUUUGCGCUCUACCUUAUACCUGUAUUCUUGAAGAGGUGGUGGCGGAAGCGGAACGGAUGGGAUGAAGAACUCUCCAGGUCGCAAUACCAACCGUUAGCUGUGGACCCCGAGACAGGAGAACGAUCCAUUGACGAGGUUCCCCCCACAAUUCCGGACUCGGAACCAUUGACACAACGCGAGACUGCACACCUGGCAUUGCACUUCUGCUUUCUAUGGUUCAUCGCGAACUGGACGGUGAACGCUGCGCUAGACUACACUAGUGUCGCCAGCGCCACAAUCUUAUCCAGCAUGAGUGGAUUCUUUACUCUAGGUAUCGGGAGAAUUUUCCGGGUGGAAUCGCUGUCUUUGGCCAAGAUAGGCGCGGUCAUCACCAGUUUCACUGGCGUCAUCCUGGUAUCGCUGUCCGAUUCCGUUUUACCCCAACAACCUGCUGGAGCAGCAUCGCGCCCUCUGGCCCAUUCGGCUUACAUUGCACCCCGACCGGUGCUGGGAGAUGUCCUGGCUCUCACAUCAGCUUUUUUCUAUGCACUGUAUGUCAUCUUGCUGAAAGUGCGGAUUCGGACCGAAUCCCGGGUGGACAUGCAACUAUUCUUUGGGUUCGUCGGCCUGUUCAACAUCAUAGCCGGAUUCCCUGCUGCACUUUUGUUGAGCUGGAUUGGUGUCGAGCAACUGGAGCUCCCUGGUAAAGCUUCCAUGGCCGCCUUGGUCGUCAACAUGGCGAUCACUUGGUCAAGUGACUAUCUCUAUGUUCUUGCCAUGCUCAAGACGACGCCGCUCGUUGUCACCGUUGGUCUGUCAUUGACCAUCCCAAUCGCAGUCCUGGGCGAUUUCCUCUUGGGGCGAUUCACUAGAGGACAAGUGUUCUUCGGCGCAUUGCUGGUUUUAUUGAGUUUUGCAGUCGUCGGAUUAGACAAUGAGAAAGUGCGGCACGGCCCACAGCUCGAAGAGGAACUGUUAGAUGAGAACGAGGAGUAAUGUAGUUUACGUCAUCGGCUGUAAAGAUCAAGGCGCCUCUUAAAUUGCAUUUUCUGCUCCUCACGAUGGUUGGUCCUAAAAGGCACUAUCGUUCCGCUGUUCACUGAACAUAUCGAAAUCGGUGCUGAGUUCGACUCUGCGGUACGCUACCCGAUCUAUGGCAGCCGCGCAGACCAUGAUAUAGAUAGGCCGCAGAUUUGCUGCAGGGUC